GGCAAAAUUACUCAUGACACCGCCAAUGAAAGGUCUAUUAAGUUAUUUCUAUACGUCUAUGUUCGGCUCCCCCCACAUUGACUAUACUGCCUGACUACUUCUAUGGGCGACAGACAGCUCUACAUUGAAACAGCAAAAAUUUGAUGUACUUUGUACUUGAAGAAUGGCAGAUGAACUUUUGGAAGAACUUCGAAAUGAUUUGAUCGAGGGUCUGACUGAGGCCGUCAUCAGGGAUUUGGUGGAUGAUCUUCGGAAGGAGAAAGUGUUGAACAAAAACGAGACUGAAGACAUACUACACAUAACCAAAACCCGAGCUGACCAAGCCCGUGACCUGAUUGACAGCGUGAAAAUGAAGGGAUAUGACGCAAGUGAGACUAUGUUUAACAGUUUAGAGAAGCGCGACACAACUCUUCAUAACAAACUGCAAAUAAGACAACGUUUAGAAAAUCUGUUGAGGUGAAAAGGCGACCUCAGGUGGCCAGCAUGCGAUGCCAGGAAGACUACGUAAUGUGAUUAACAAUAACAUGUACAAAUUGCAUUUUUUAUUUUAAAAUGUUUUAGUUAUAUAUAUAUCAUGUCAUGUCGUCUUUGCUUGUCAUCUUAUCUUAUUGAGCUGGCAAUAAAUUUGACCUUUUUGCCUUGACCAAAGUAACUUGUUUUUUUCUAUAUUUUUGACUGGCUUCUUAUGUGGGUCCUUGAAUUAGGCUGUA